GCUCCUCGGCCUCUCGGGGCGCUGCAAAACACCAUUUCCCUUCUAGCAUCUUACCGCCGCAACUCAGAAAGCCGCUCUAGCACUCUGCUGCCGCUAUGGCACACAGCGCCACCUUGUCGACGUCAAGGGACGUCAUUUCCGGUGCGCCGGCUUAUUCACGUCGGCGGUUUAGUCAGCGGAAGUGGCGCGGUUAUCGCGCUGUGAGAAGCCGUCUUUGGUACCCGGGGCCGAUCUUAGAGUGGCUGGCCAUGUCGCUGUCCCAUUUGUACCGGGAUGGGGAAGGCUGCAUAGAUGAUGACGAGGAUGAGCGGGAGAACUUUGAGAUCACCGACUGGGAUCUCCAGAAUGAGUUCAACCCCAACCGGCAGCGCCACUGGCAGACCAAGGAAGAGGCCACCUAUGGGAUUUGGGCAGAACGCGACUCGGAUGAGGAAAGGCCCAGCUUUGGAGGCAAACGGGCCCGAGACUAUUCUGCGCCAGUCAACUUCAUCAGUGCGGGGCUCAAGAAAGGGGCAGCAGAGGAGGCAGAGUUGGAAGAUUCUGAUGAUGAGGAGAAACCUGUUAAGCAAGAUGACUUUCCUAAGGAUAUAGGACCAAAGAAGUUAAAAACGGGUGGCAAUUUUAAACCCAGCCAGAAAGGUUUUGCGGGAGGAACCAAGUCUUUCAUGGACUUUGGCAGCUGGGAAAGACACACGAAAGGAAUUGGACAGAAGCUUCUUCAGAAGAUGGGCUAUGUCCCUGGCAGGGGCCUCGGGAAGAAUGCACAAGGUAUAAUUAACCCAAUUGAAGCGAAACAAAGGAAGGGAAAAGGAGCUGUGGGUGCUUAUGGCUCAGAGCGAACCAGUCAGUCCCUGCAAGACUUCCCUGUGGUUGACUCAGAAGAGGAAGCCGAAGAGGAGUUUCAGAAGGAACUGAGUCAGUGGAGGAAAGACCCCAGCGGAAGCAAGAAGAAGCCCAAAUAUUCGUACAAGACAGUGGAAGAGUUGAAGGCCAAGGGCAGGAUUAGCAAGAAGCUCACCGCUCCCCAGAAGGAGCUUUCUCAGGUCAAGGUCAUAGACAUGACAGGACGAGAGCAGAAGGUCUACUACAGCUACAGCCAGAUCAGCCACAAGCACAACAUCCCUGAUGAUGGGCUGCCGCUGCAGUCCCAACAGCUACCACAGCCCGGCAAAGAAGCCAAGGCCCCAGGCUUUGCGCUGCCAGAGCUGGAGCACAACCUGCAGCUCCUUAUUGACCUAACAGAGCAGGAGAUCAUCCAGAAUGACCGGCAGCUGCAGUACGAGCGGGACAUGGUGGUCAACCUCUCCCACAUGCUGGAGAAGAUGUCUGAGGUCCUGGACCAUGAGGAGAGGGUCAUCUCCAACCUCAGCAAGGUCCUAGAGAUGGUGGAGGAGUGCGAGCGGCGGAUGCAGCCCAAUUGCAGCAACCCCCUCACCCUGGAUGAGUGUGCCCGUGUCUUUGAAACCCUCCAGGACAAGUACUAUGAGGAGUACAGGAUGUCUGACCGUGUGGACCUUGCCGUGGCCAUCGUCUAUCCACUCAUGAAGGAACACUUCAAGGAGUGGGAUCCCCUAAAAGACUGCACUUAUGGCACUGAAAUCAUCUCCAAGUGGAAAAGUCUCCUGGAGAAUGACCAGCUCUUGUCCCACGGUGGACAGGACCUCUCAGCAGACGCCUUUCACAGGCUGAUAUGGGAAGUCUGGAUGCCUUUUGUGCGAAAUGUUGUCAACCAGUGGCAACCAAGGAACUGUGACCCAAUGGUGGACUUUUUGGAUAGCUGGGCACACAUUAUUCCUGUGUGGAUCUUGGAUAACAUUCUGGACCAGCUCAUCUUCCCCAAGCUGCAGAAGGAGGUGGAGAACUGGAACCCUUUGACUGAUACUGUCCCCAUCCACUCUUGGAUCCACCCAUGGCUUCCCCUCAUGCAGUCGCGGCUGGAGCCGCUGUACUCCCCCAUCCGCAGCAAGCUGUCCAGCGCGCUGCAGAAGUGGCACCCCAGCGACUCCUCUGCCAAGCUCAUCCUCCAGCCCUGGAAAGAUGUCUUCACCCCUGGUUCCUGGGAAGCAUUUAUGGUCAAGAACAUUGUGCCCAAGCUGGGAAUGUGUCUCGGUGAGUUAGUCAUUAACCCCCACCAGCAGCACAUGGACGCCUUUUAUUGGGUGAUCGACUGGGAGGGGAUGAUCUCUGUCUCCAGCCUGGUAGGGCUCCUUGAGAAGCACUUCUUCCCCAAGUGGCUUCAGGUGCUGUGCUCCUGGCUCAGUAACAGCCCAAAUUAUGAGGAGAUCACCAAGUGGUACCUGGGUUGGAAAUCCAUGUUCUCAGACCAAGUGCUGGCACAUCCAUCGAUCAAGGACAAAUUUAACGAAGCACUCGAUAUCAUGAACAGGGCUGUGUCCUCCAAUGUUGGUGCCUACAUGCAGCCUGGAGCACGGGAGAAUAUUGCCUACCUCACCCACACUGAGCGGAGGAAGGACUUCCAGUAUGAGGCCAUGCAGGAGCGACGGGAGGCCGAGAACAUGGCCCAGAGGGGCAUCGGCGUGGCUGCCAGCUCAGUGCCCAUGAACUUUAAGGACCUCAUUCAGACCAAGGCCGAGGAACACAACAUCGUCUUCAUGCCUGUCAUCGGGAAGCGACACGAAGGGAAGCAACUCUAUACCUUUGGCCGCAUUGUGAUCUACAUUGACCGGGGAGUGGUGUUUGUCCAGGGAGAGAAGACUUGGGUGCCCACCUCCCUGCAAAGCCUAAUUGACAUGGCCAAGUAGACAGCCGUGGGCUAGGGCAGACCACAGACUUGCAUCUAAGAGGGACGUUCAAAACGCUUCUUACAAGUAAACAUUAAGUUAUCUUUUAAAGAGUAACUUCUCUUUUCAGGAUUUACUCCAUAUUAGGAAGGAUGUACAACAUAAAGAAGUACAUAAAUCUUUAUACGAAGUCCUCACACACACACACACACACACGUUCAUACUUCAAACACAACAGCCAAGUUGAAAUAUUUCCUGUUCUUAUCUCUGAAAUUUGGCCCACUGGCCAAGAAAGGCGCUCCCUGCAGUCCCUUCCUGUUAGUCUGGUGGUGGAGUCUUCUACCUCAGCCAACACCAAAUACAUUAUUAGGAGUUGAAGUCAGUACCUGAAGGAUCCUUUGUCUUGUUCCUGAUGAUUUCAAGGUCCUCACAGUCCUGAUAAUCUGGUUCUUCCCAACACAUCCACAUAUCCGGGGAGAGUUGUUUUAGCUUUUGUACAGGGAACCAGUGGAUGGAGGUGUCAUUAAAUAUGUCCAUGUACUGUGAAGUCUGAGGAAACUCAAGCUCCUCCAGUCCUUUUAAAAUCUGAGCAGAAAAAUACAAACAUAAAGUGUAAAAAACUGAUAGUUGUGGUACUCACCGCUCUUUUAGGUUUAAUUACCAUUUUUGUUUUCAUCCCCAUUUUCUCCUUUUAAAGCGUAAAGAACAGAGUAUUUUGAUUUAAAUGUUUCUGUGCCCUGGAUUGGAAGUCCAAGGACAGUGGAUAUAUUGGGCUGUGAUACUGAACAUAAGGGAAAUCAGAAACGAGGAGUGCAUUCAGAUGUCAUAGUUUCUGGAGCAAAGACCCAUCAUUUUUAAUGAAUAGAAUUAUUAAGAGAGUGCUCAAGGACAGUACAGCAACUAAAUCUGUCUUCACUUAGCCUCUAAUCAUUUUUUCCUACACAUAAAGGUAGAAUUUUUUCCAGAAAUUGAGAAAGAGUAUGAGUAUAUACUCAUGAGUAUAACCCCUUUUCCAUCCCAACCCUUUUGUCCAGAUAGAUACCUUAGCAAUGUAGGGAUAAUUUUUCUGCAGAAUCCUUGUCAACAACCUAGAAAUCAAAAGAAACCAUGAUUAGGAGGUCUGAGAAUGGUUUUAUUCAGCUUAAGACACAAGAAAGACAAGAUGAUUUAAGCAUAGCAGGAGUUCAGAAAAGUACUUUUGGACGUGGAGUGGGUGAAGUACUCAGUGGGAAAUGUGAGUACCGGGGUAAAUGCCCCCAUUUCAUGUAUCCAAGCAAGAGACGGCAGAGUAGACACCUGAGCAUCAUGAACCAGAAUGAGGGUCAUAGCCAUGGGCAGAGAAAUCAAAUGAUUUUUCCCAUUUUCAAAGCUUUCUGUCCAUCAUAGGGUAGGAGUUAAUUACUAGCAAAAAUAUUCCUUAGCUUGCGUCACAACUCAACUCAGGUUUCUCAUCUCCCCUGACUUCAACCCUUGAUCCAAUUCCCUCUGGAAAAGCAUUUCCAAGUAGACAAUAACAAUAGAAGUGUUUUCUGCUGAGAUCAAACCUGAGGUAUGGCCUUCAGCUUGGGGUUAACUGAAUCUUAGACCUACCUUUCCUCAAGGCGUUUGAAACUGUUUCCAAUGAUGAUCAUCUUGGAAAGGGCAUCUACUGACCAGUUACUCCAUAAAAGGUUGUUGUACAAA